UAAACAUGGACGAGAAACUUUAUGAAUUGUUCUAAAAAACAUUAAUUGAAAAUUCUAAUGUGAAUAUACAAAAGAUAGUAUAAGGAUAAGUAAGAGUGAUACAAUAGAAUACUUAACCAUUAAAUUCUAAAAAUGAGACCAUAUCAAUAAAGGAUGUUCAAAAGAAAUUAGAAGCAAUUGAAAAGAAUCUAAUGAUCUAAGAUUCUGCAAGAAAGAGAAGACCUUCUCGUUAUCAUUCUAAAAAAUGUAGUGUUAAAAUGAAUACUUAAAAUGGAACAAAUUCUCCAUCUCCUUAUCAAUUAGAUUUUGAUGAUGCAAAAGAAUAUGAAGCUGAUAAUUUAAGAAAAGAAAAUUAAUAAUUAUAAGUAAGACUUUUUCAAUAUAUAGGAACAUUUAGAAUUAUUGAUAUAACAAAAUCAAAAUGAUAAUUCAGAUGAUUUGAAUAGAGAAAAAGAAAAUCUUCAAAAAAUGAAAAAAGAAUAUUAAACUAAAGAUAAUGAAUUAAAGGUCUUAAAUAAUAAAUUAGAUCUCUUAGAAAUUGAUUUAAACAAAAAACAUGUUCAUAUGAUUUAAUAAUCUAGAAAAUUAGAAGUUCAGUAAUAGACUAUUCAAAAGAAUGUAAAAAACAUUAUUUACAAUUAUUAGGAGGAAUAAAUAAAAGAGAAGAGAGAUUGUAUAGAUGCAUUACAACAACAAAUCAAUUUAAAUAUUUCAUAAGUGCUUUCAUUAAAUAAGUUAUAAAAUUUAUUGAUAUAUUAGGAAUGAAUUAAAAUUGAAAUUACCAUAGAAACUUGGAGUUCAAUUAGAUGUUAUUGAAUAACUAAUGAUAUCAACUUUUAAAGAAAGAUAAGUAGCUCAAUAAGAAUAUUUAUGUUUGAGAUAAUUGAAAAAUGUGAUAAAAGAUUAAUAAAAAGAAUUGUAAAAAAAGAUCUAAAUCUGA